GGCAAAACUUAGCAAUAUUUUUAAUGCAAUGUACGACGUAGAAUAGCUAUUUUUUUCACAAAAUAUCAAAGCUUAUUACGAUAUCACACGUUAUUAAUCUUUGUUUUAGUGCUAGUAACUCGCGUCAGUGCCUUGGGUAUAUAAAUAAUCCAUAGUACCAAUUUAUUGUAUCUUUAAUACCUACUUUCCCGUACGAAAACAAAAUUGAUCUUUUUGGAUUCAAAACCUUUCAUCAGAUCUAAUUGAAGGCACGGAUAUGGAUUACGUGACUGCGUUAAAGAUUUUAGUUAUCGGAGAGAGUGGUGUAGGCAAAUCUAGUAUCAUCUUGGCAUUUACAACUGGUGACUACAAUGCGUCAUUCCCGGCCACCAUAGGAGUGGACUACAAAUGCAAGAUCAUGGAAGUGAACGGAGUUAAGGUGAAGUUAGGCAUAUGGGACACAGCUGGCCAAGAACGCUAUAGGACACUGACUUCGAGUUUCUACAGAGAAGCGCAUGGUGCUAUAUUAGUGUAUGAUGUAUCAGAGCCAAAGACACUAGCUAAGCUAAAGGAGUGGGUGGAAGAGCUGCAGGUCUACUCUACCAAGAAGAACAUAGUUUGUUUAGUUGUUGGCAAUAAGAUUGACAAGGCUCGGCAAGUGACCAGGGAAGCUGGGCAGGAGUUUGCACAAAAGCAUAGAAUGCUCUUCAUUGAGAGCAGUGCCAAGACCCAGGAAGGUAUCAACUUGGCAUUCGAGGAGCUAGUACAAAAGAUAAUCGAGACACCAGGCCUCUGGGAGUCCAGUCCCACUUCAAACAUCCGCGUAGGCAGUGACGAGCGACGGCAGCAGGAGUCCUCUUGCUACGACUACACGUGUACCAUCUAAGCACGGUUUCAGUAACAUCCUGUAUAUUUAACGUAGUACUAUUAAUAAAAUGAAUGGUUUUUUUACCAAAAGGUCACUUUAGCUCACAAAGAUUUUAAUGUACAUUUAUUUUGCUAUAAUGGGAUUAAAUAUGGAUUUUAUCACAUA